GAGAGAGAGAGAACACUUUGACUUACAGUUUAAAUACCACCUACAGCUAAAAUUAUACUAAUUACCAUAAUAACUAAUAUAUUGAUAUUCCUACGCCUACAUAUUCACUUAUAUUCAUUAGAAACUAUAAUUCCUAGACAAAUUUAUAUAAUCUUAUAAACUGAUUGUUAAUGCUGGCCAGAGGAAAUCUGGCGCCCCCUGCUGAGUGUUCAUCAUAUAGCUCCAUCCUCGGUUGUUUUUUUCCCUGACUGGGAUUGCUCAAUUGUUUGUCAAGGAGGUUCUGGUGGUGUUUGUUGUCUUCUGUUUUCUUCUCUUUUCUUGGUUUGUUUUACUGUUUUAUUUAGAUUUGCUUGUUUUUUCUGUUCUUUUUUUGUUUGUUUGUUUGUUUUGGUGGUUCUGGUGCGUCCAGUCUGUUCUAUGUUGUGUUUUGUUUUGACUUUUUGUUUUGUUUUGACGUGGUGGUUCUGGUGUGGGGUUUUAUUCUAUGCGGUUUCUUUCUCUUCUCUUGUUUAUUCUGCUAUUUGUUUGUUUUUCCCUGUUCUGUUUUCUUUUGUUUGUUUUGUCUUUUUUCUGUUUUGCUUUUUUGUUUAGUUUUGUUUGUUUCCCUGUUCUUCUUCUGUUGUUUUAUUGUUUGUUUUGUUGGUUCCAGUCUGUUCCAUGUUCAGUUUGGGCUCUGCUGGGGUCUUAUUCUGUUUUGUUUUGUUUUGCAUGUUCAGUGUGUAUAUGUCAUAUUAUAUUUUCAUGUCAUAUACACGCAACCGGUCACUUUUUGAAAUGCCCUGAACUGUUUAGCCACGCCCAUGACCACGCGCGCUCGCUCACUACUUCCUUUCACGGUUUCUUUUUCUUUCUUUCUUUUUUUUUUUGACGAUCACUUCCUUCUGGCGCGCGCUUGCACCCGUCCGCCUGUAAGAACACACGUUUGGUCCUCUCAGUCUGUUUGCUAAUGAGGGAGAACUUCUCAAGAGAUGAUUUCAGUCAUUAUUUCAGCGACAGCAUGACACCGUGGCCUUCCACGCGCGCUAGUUUCGCUCCGCGCGAGAUCCGUUCUCGGAGAUUUACCGAGUGCAGUCUGUUUCCGGUGCGACUUCUCUUAUCUGCUGCACGCGGAUCAAAGUGCAAAGAGGCGCGCGCCGCGACCGCACCGCGCGAUCAGCUGAACGGGAAGUGAACUGCAGGAAACCAACCUGGGAGAUAUGAACGGAACAGUUGCUGCAGCGGAUGAGACGGAGGAGAACGGCGAGAAAUCACAAUGGAAAUUGUUUAUCGAGGAUAUCAGUGUCUUACAGCUGGUGCUGAGCUUCUUGUUUAUGGGUGUGUUAUGUCUGGCGUUGAUGCUUUAUCUGAUGUUUACUCCACUGUGGCUGAUUCCCACUCUCUACUUCACCUGGCAGAUGAUUGACUGGGACACGCCUGAGAGAGGUGGUAGAAGAACUGCGUUUGUGAGAAACUGGAGAGUAUGGAAACACUUGAAAGACUACUUCCCAGUAAAGUUGGUGAAGACGGCAGAGCUGAAUCCCAGGAAGAACUAUAUUCUGGGUUGCCACCCGCAUGGCAUCAUGAGCAUAGGCGCCUUCUCCUGCUUCGGCACAGAGACCGGCGGGUUUGCACAGGCGUUCCCGGGAAUGCGCUCCUCUCUGGUCGUACUUGCUGGCCUUUUCCGCAUGCCGCUCUUCAGAGAGUACCUCAUGUUUGCAGGCGGGUUGCCAGUCAGUAAGAAGAGUCUGGAGUACAUGCUGAGUCAAGCUGGUGUGGGCAACGCCAUGGUCAUCAUCAUCGGAGGAGCUGAGGAGUCACUGGCUUGUUCUCCUGGCGUGAACACGGUGGUCAUGAAGCAGAGGAAAGGCUUUGUGCGUCUCGCUCUGGAAAACGGGGCUGACCUGGUUCCAGUGUACUCGUUUGGGGAGAACGAGCUCUUCCCGCAGGUGCUGCUGUCCGAGGGCAGCGUAGGCCGCAGGCUUCAGACUCUGUUUAAGCGGGUGAUGGGUUUUGCUCCAUGUCUCUUCACUGGGGGACGCUGGCUGCUCCUGCCUUACAGGAGACCUGUCGUUACUGUGGUUGGAAGCCCCAUCUCUGUGCCUCACAUACGCAAUCCAUCCGAACAGCAGGUGGACCACUAUCACAAGCUGUACAUGGACUCCCUGUCCAAACUCUUCCACUCCCACAAAACCAGCUGCGGACUGGCCGACACACACGAGCUACGCAUCAUCUAAAACACUACACACGCAAACACGAUGAAUAGCAUUAGUUAUACAGUUUUCACAGGACUAGAAGGUCUCAGGAAUAAUUUUUUUAUAUAGUUUUAAUCUAAAUGCAAAUGCUAUGACAGUGUUUAAUUUUACAGCUUGUAUUACAUUAGACAUUACUAAUUAAUUUAAAUAAAAUUAUGCUAGUCAUGAAU